AUGCCCCCUGCGUCUAACAAGCGACCAAAAAAAUUGUCCACUUGUGACGGACCCAACAAUGACUUCACCUCGCGUUCCCCCACUUUAACUCCAGAAACACUUGGGCGCAAAGGCUUUCUCGCUUUCCCGGAUGAACUUGUCUACCUAAUAUUGUCUUACUACACCGAGAUUAAGAUAGAAGAUAUCCUUGUUAACUCUACUUCACUUCCCAACCACUUUUUGGACCGAUUCAAAGCACUUCGAAAUCUCUCUCAACUCUGUCAGCUCUCAAGAAAAAUGUAUCUACCACUACUAUGGGAGCAAGUUCAGAUCUGCGUGGCCACCGGAGGCGCCUGGUAUAGAGAGCACGGAAAAAACAUGGAAAGGAAGUCUGAAGGAUUAUUGAAAAGUCCCCAUCUAUGGCCAUAUGUUCGGACCCUCACAGUUUGCUUCACACGUUUUGAACCACGCAAAGUAAUCUCUCCGUUCAUUCGACUACUCAAAGCUCUACCAAAUCUUCAGACCCUUGAAAUACCUCACGCACACAGCUCCAUGACUUCCAUACUUAAAAGCUAUUUUGAGGGCAAUGUGUUUCCAACUAUCCAAAAGGUAUACAAGAAGUGA